UCCGCUCCCAGGGAAUGGAGGUGCGCGCCCGCCCGGUGGAGUUGGCGCGCCCUGGCCCUCCCCGUCCGCUUUUCAGUGUCGGAGAGGCGGCCGCGGACUCCUCAGAAGUUCAGGGCUGGACCCGUCCCCCCGCCCGUCCCCCGCGGAGCCGGGCCCGGAGAGCCUGCGGGGCGCCGGCUGCCGCUCCUCGCGGGACACAAAGGGACACGCACAGUUGAAGUGCGGCAGCUACCUGAGCUCCAGCUGCUCUUGUUCUCCAAGAAGAUCCAUGAGACACUCCUCAGGAUCACCUAGAGCAUCCUGAGCGCAGAGUCUUGGUGGAGAUGCCAGAAUGAGAAGGCGCAAGAGUCCUGGUCCCCACCAACCAGCAUCCCAGGUGAUCAGUUCUUUGCCUCGGACAUGGACCACUGUGUCCCUGGCUGCCUCCUCUCCUGCCACCCUUAACCCGUUCAACCCACAGAGGCCCCCAGCUGAGGUUGGUGUGACCUUUGAGGAUAUUGCUGUGCGCUUCUCUAAGAAGGAAUGGUGCCUCCUUGAUGAGGCUCAGAGACACCUGUUCCUGGAAGUGAUGCUGGAGAACUUUGAACUCAUAUCCUCACUAGGUUGCUGCUGUGGAGCAGAGGAUGUGGAGGCACCUACUGAACAGCAUCUUUCUGUGAGAGUGUCACAGGCAAAGAACCCCAGUGUAGCUUUGUCCUCCCAGAAGAGUCAUCCCUGUGAGAGUUGUGGGCCUGUCCUGAGAGACAUUUUCCACUUGGUUGAGCAGCAGGGAACACAACACAGCCUGAAACUGUUGAGGUGUGGGGCAUGUGCAAAGCAGUUUUAUUUCAGCAAGAAAGCCAUUGGCUGCAACCAGACGCUUGCUCAGGAUCAUAGUGUCCGUAAUGAAAUACAGUGUUUUGUGUGCCAGGAAUGUGAAAAAUCUUUUACAAAAAUCUCUGACCUCCGUUAUCAUCAGAAAUUGCACACAGGCAAAAGUCCAUACGAGUGCAGUGAAUGUGGGAAAUGCUAUAAACAACUCUCCAUACUUAUUCAACACCAGCGAGUUCAUUCUAAAGAAAAGCGUCAUGAGUGUGGCGAAUGUGGGAAAUUCUUUAGCCAAAGGGGAAACCUCAUGCAACACCAGAGAGUUCACAGUGGAGAAAAGCCAUAUAAAUGUGUUGAGUGUGGGAAAUCUUUUAAGUUUAGGAGUAGCUUCCUUCAUCAUCAGAGACUUCACACUGGAGAAAGGUCUUAUGAGUGUAGGCACUGUGGGAAAUCUCUUACCACUAGUGAAGGCCUCCGUUAUCAUCAAAGUAUUCACACUGGAGAAAGACCUUAUAAGUGCAGUGAAUGUGGGAAAUCUUUUGUCAGGAAAUCUCACUUGAGUUAUCAUCAGAAAUGUCACACUGGAGAAAAACAUGAAUGCAGUCACUGUGAGAAAUCUUUUACCACUAGCAAAGGCCUCUGUUAUCAUCAGAGACUUCACACUGGAGAAAGGCCUAAUAAGUGCAGUCAAUGUGAGAAGUCUUUUACCAGUAGGAGUAGCCUCCAUUAUCAUCAGAGACUUCACACUGGAAAAAGACCUUAUGAGUGCACUCAGUGUGGGAAAUCUUUUACCGGUAGGAGGAGUCUGCUUUAUCAUCAGAAACUUCACACUGGAGAAAGGUCUUAUGAGUGCAGUCAGUGUGGGAAACCUUUUACCACUAGCGAAGGCCUCCGUUAUCAUCAGAGACUUCACACUGGAGAAAGGCCUUAUAAGUGCAGUGAAUGUGGGAAAUCUUUUGUAAGGAAAUGUCAUUUGAGUUGUCAUCAGAAAUGUCACACUGGAGAAAAACGUGAAAGCAGUCAGUGUGGGAAAUCUUUACCCACUAGCGGAGGCCUCCGUUAUCAUCAGAGUCUUCACACUGGAGAAAGGUCUUAUGAGUGCAGUCAGUGUGGGAAAUCUUUUACCACUAGCGAAGGCCUCCGUUAUCAUCAGAGUCUUCACACUGGAGAAAGGUCUUAUGAGUGCACUCAGUGUGGGAAAUCUUUUACCACUAGCGAGGGCCUCCGUUAUCAUCAGAGACUUCACACUGGAGAAAGGCCUUAUAAGUGCAGUGAAUGUGGGAAAUCUUUUGUAAGGAAAUGUCAUUUGAGUUGUCAUCAGAAAUGUCACACUGGAGAAAAACGUGAAAGCAGUCAGUGUGGGAAAUCUUUACCCACUAGCGGAGGCCUCCGUUAUCAUCAGAGUCUUCACACUGGAGAAAGGUCUUAUGAGUGCAGUCAGUGUGGGAAAUCUUUUACCACUAGCGAAGGCCUCCGUUAUCAUCAGAGACUUCACACUGGAGAAAGACCUUAUGAGUGCACUCAGUGUGGGAAAUCUUUUACUGGUAGGAGUAGUCUCCUUAGUCAUCAGAGACUUCACACUGGAGAAAGGCCUUAUCAGUGCACUCAGUGUGAGAAAUCUUUUACAAUUAGUAGUAGCCUCCGUUGUCAUCAGAGACUUCACACUGGAGAAAAGCCUUAUGAGUGCAGUCAGUGUGGGAAAGCUUUUACCACUAGCGAAGGCCUCUGUUGUCAUCAGAGACUUCACACUGGAGAAAGGCCUUAUGAGUGCAGUCAGUGUGGGAAAUCUUUUGCCUACAAGAGUAGCCUCCGUCGUCAUCAGCGACUUCACACUGGAGAAAGGCCUUAUGAGUGCAGUCAGUGUGGGAAAUCUUUUACCACUAGGAGUAGCCUCUGUUGUCAUCAGCGACUUCACACUGGAGAAAGGCCUUAUGAGUGCAGUCAGUGUGGGAAAUCUUUUACCAAUAGGAGUAGCCUCUGUUGUCAUCAGAGACUUCACACUGGAGAAAGGCCUUAUGAGUGCAGUCAGUGUGGGAAAUCGUUUGCCAUGAACAGACAGUUGCGUCGUCAUCAGAGAGUUCACACUGGAGAAAGGCCUUAUUAGUGCAGUCAGUGUCGGAAAUCUUUUAACCACUAGCAAAGACCUUCAUCGUCAUCAGAGACUUCACACUGGAGAAAGGUCUUAUGAAUGCAGCCAAUGUGGGAAAUAGUUUGCUCUGAAGAAACACUUGCAUUGUCAUCAGAGAGUUCACACGAGAAAGGCCUUAGGAUUGCAGUGAAUGUAGGAAAUAUUUUGCCAGAAACAGUCACUUUCCUUGUCAUCAGAGUGUUCACAGGGUGUGCCCAUACUUUUGAAGGAAAUCACUUUCAGAGAUUGUGCAAAGGGCCAUGUGUCCUAAUGUCUGAGAUUCCAUGCAUGAUUGUCACUUAGGUGUAGGGACAGUAGGGUUAAGGUGAAAGCAUAAUUGCUUCAGAAUCACUGGCCUAUUAGGGAUUGUGCAUAAUUCUUAAAAUGGAGAUAGGUUUCAUAUAUCUUCAUCAAUAACUCCUAAUGCAAUGUCCAAGUCAGAGGAGAGGUGAAUGUUUAACUUAAAGAAAUUAGGAAGUUGUGAUUUAAGCCAAUUGCACAUUUUUGCAUUCUUCCAGCAGUGUAUGACAGAUUUAAUUCCUCCACAUCCUAGACAAGAUUUGGUAUUAUCAGUCAUCCUUUAUUUAAACUUUUUUGUAACUUUAUCAUGCUAUAUCAUUGUUCGAUUGCAUUUUUUCUAAGGUUUUAUGGUGAGCCUUUUUUCAGAUGUGCAUUUGCUACCUAUAUUUGGUUAACUGUCUGAGCAUAUGUUCUGCCAAAUCUACGAAUUUUGUCAAUUUUCUUUAACAAAUGGGCAGUAAAACAACAAAAAUUUGGGUUAGAGUUUCAUUCAUUUUGUAUCUUGCUUUGUAGGAUAAGUGUUUUUCAUAUUGGAAAAAAAAAUAAAAUCAACAAUUGACUCA